ACAGCUAAUGCAGUAUGUAAUUUAUGGCAUUGCAUCGUUUUUCUUCUUAUAUGGAAUAAUCCUUUUGGCAGAAGGUUUUUAUACGACAAGUGCCGUGAAGGAGCUGCAUGGAGAGUUCAAAACGACAGCCUGCGGCCGCUGCAUCAGUGGAAUGUUUGUUUUCCUCACCUACGUGCUCGGAGUGGCCUGGCUUGGGGUCUUUGGCUUCUCUGCUGUGCCUGUCUUCAUGUUCUAUAACAUAUGGUCGACUUGUGAAGUCAUCAAAUCUCUUCAGACAAAUGUGACAGUUCCGGGGGACCAGAUCUGCGUGGAUAUCAGGCAAUACGGUAUUAUCCCUUGGAAUGCUGUACCUGGCAAAGCCUGCGGGCCGAUUUUAGAGAACAUCUGCAACACGAACGAGUUCUACAUGUCUUACCACCUGUUCAUUGUGGCUUGUGCCGGAGCUGGUGCCACGGUCAUCGCAUUGAUCCACUUCCUCAUGAUACUGUCUUCUAACUGGGCCUACUUAAAGGAUGCCAGCAAAAUGCAGGCCUACCAGGAUAUCAAAGCAAAAGAAGAGCAGGAGCUUCAGGAUAUCCAGUCUCGGUCAAAAGAGCAACUCAAUUCUUACACAUAAGUGUUUGCCACAGUCACGCAGCAGAAGAGUGCUGUAGCUCUGACAAAUCGACAAACAGCUGCUCUGCAGUACAGAUGUGUGUCUACCAAACAAAAUUAGAGAGAAGUGCAAAAGCUUCACAUUCCAGCUCCUGGAACACAUGUAUAGGGAACCCUUCCUGUGGGUAACCUGCCAUCCUUUCACACAGAGAAUGGAAUGGGUUUAUUCCAGGCAUUUUAAAAGGCAACACUUCACAACAAGCGACCAAAUUCUUACUCCUCGAGACUCUCGGCACUCAGCGUUUGACGGGUUG